ACUCAGAUCGAGCUGCUGCAAGUGAGCAUGGAUAAACCAGUGUGCUUCAUUGACACGGGCUCGGAUGGGAAGCUGCGUGUGCAGCAGUCGGCGCUGCAGAUCCUGCAGCAGAUCCAGCAGCCGGUGGUGGUGGUGGCCGUGGUGGGGCUCUACCGCACCGGGAAGUCCUACCUGAUGAACCGCCUCGCUGGGAAACAAUCAGGGUUUGCACUGGGCAGCACAAUAGAGUCCAAGACGAAGGGCAUCUGGAUGUGGUGUGUGUCCCAUCCCACUAAAGAAGGAACCACUCUAGUGCUGCUGGACACCGAGGGACUCGGAGACGUGGAUAAGGUGACCUUAUGCAUCAUGAGUUGUUGUUGCUUUGUGCUCAUGCCUGAACAAACUGUCAGAUAUGUCACUGAACUAUCAGAGUGCAUCAAGGUCAAAUCAUCAGAUGAGGAUGCCGAUGAUUCAAGCGAGUUUGUGAAGUUCUUCCCUAGUUUCAUCUGGGCUGUGAGGGACUUCACACUGGAGCUAAAGACCGAUGGCAAAGAUGCAACAGAGGAUGAGUAUCUAGAGUUUGCUCUGAAGCUGAAACAUGGCACUACGAGAAUUGUGAUGGAGUACAACUUUCCCAGGGAAUGCAUCCAAAAAUUCUUCCCUUCCAGGAAGUGCUUCACUUUCCCCUUUCCAACCGCCCCAGAAAAUAUGUCUUGCCUGGAGAGCUUGAAUUCUGCUGACAUUUCCUCUGAGUUCUUGAAGGUCACAGAUCAUUUCUGCCAGUUUGUCUUUCAUGACAGCUGUGUGAAGAGGCUGAAAGAUGGACACACAGUCACUGGAAGAGUUCUGGGUCAUCUGGCUAAAACAUAUGUGGACACCAUCUCAAGUGGGGCUGUGCCAUGUCUGGAGAACGCUGUAAUAGCAAUGGCAACGAUUGAGAAUGAGGCUGCAGUGAAGGAGGGCCUUCAGGUUUACCAAAGUGGAAUGGAGAAGCUGAAGAACUCCUUCCCUCUGGAACUGAAGGAUGUGUCCUCAGAACACCAACAUCUUAGCAGCACGGCAACACAAGCCUUCAUGAAGCGUUCCUUCAGGGACAUUGAUUGGAAGUACCUGAAAUCUCUAGAGGAAAAGAUUAUUAAACUCUUUGAUGGAUACCUGAGCCAAAACGAACAAGCUUCAAAGAAACGAUGUGAGGAAAUCCUGUCAUCCCUCUCUGCACCAAUGAUGGAAAAACUCAAGCAGGGCUUCUAUACCAAACCUGGUGGCUAUGAUCUCUUCUGCAAAGAUCUGGAGGACAUUGGGAAGAAAUAUAACAGCCAGGCCAAUAAAGAAGUCAAGGCUGAAGAGGUCCUAGAGGAGUUCCUGAAGCAGAAGUCUGUGGAUUCUAACGCCAUUCUGCAGGCUGACAAGAAACCGACUGAGAAGGAGAAAAAGAUUAAGAAGGAAAAAGAGAAAGCAGCCCUCCUGGAGCAGGAAAUUAAAGCUAGAGAUGAGAAGCAGCGACAACUAGAAGAGAAGAUGGAAGCAGAGAGACAGAGUAAUGAAGAGAGGAUGAGACAGAUGAAGGAGAAGAUGGAUGAGGAGAUGAAGCUUCAGAGAGAGGAGGCUGAGCGUGCCAUGGACAGUAAACUGAGGGAGCAGGCUGAUCUGCAGGAGAAGGGCUUUAAGGAGAAGGCAGACAGGAUGAGCCAAGAGAUUGAAGAGUUCAAGAGAAGGAGCACUGAAGCCGAAAGUAACAGAGCUAGAGAGUUUGCAGCAAUUUUAGAAAACUCCAGCAGGAAACAUGAGGAGUUUAUGGCUAUGAUGCAGCAGCAGCACAGAGAACACAUGAUGGCAAUGCAGAAGACGAAUGCAGACUACUCAGGCGGCUGUAGCAUCAUGUGAAAUGCCUCGACUCAGUGAUCCUCAUUGAACAGGAAAUUACCAUUUCACUUCAAAAGCUUGUCUAGUCUGGCCUAUGGCUCUGAUCCAUCAUUAUUGCAUGUUUAUUUGAGUAUUGCUAAUUGAUUAUAAAAUAAAUUCUUCAUGCGUUA